CAUCCCCCGCUCUGUGUGUGUGAUGUCUUAGAGUGGAUUUUAAAGAUGGCCGGAGCGGCUCCCGUCUACUGUGUCUGCCGGCAGCCCUACGAUGUGAGCCGGUUCAUGAUCGAAUGCGACAUCUGCAAGGACUGGUUCCACAGCAGCUGUGUGAAAGUAGAGGAGCAUCAGGCAGCUGAUAUUGACCUGUAUCAUUGUCCGAACUGUGAAGUACUACAUGGGCCCUCCCAGUUAAAGAAAAGGAGGAACUGGCAUAGGCAUGAUUACACAGAGCCAGACGAUGGCUCCAAACCUGUCCAAGCUGGAACAAGGACCUUCAUACAACAACUGCAGGCUCGUUCUUUCCCAAGUGCUGAUGAUUUGAUCCUGAAGAUGUGUGGAAGUCAGCUGACACAGAGGUACUUGGAGAAGCAUGGCUUUAACUUUCCCAUCAUGGUGCCGAGGCAUGAAGAUCUGGGUCUCAGAUUGCCUCCUCCUACUUUCUCAGUAAUGGACGUAGAGCGCUAUGUUGGUGGGGACAAGAUAAUUGAUGUCAUUGAUGUGGCAAGGCAAGCUGACAGCAAAAUGAAGCUCCGAAACUUUGUAAAUUAUUUCAUGAAUCCUGACCGGCCCAAAGUAUUAAAUGUUAUCAGUCUGGAGUUCUCUGAUACAAAGAUGGCAGAGCUUGUUAAAGUACCAGAUAUCAGCAAGAAGCUUUCUUGGGUGGAAAACUACUGGCCAGAUGAUUCGGUCUUCACAAAGCCCUUUGUUCAAAAGUAUUGCCUAAUGGGUGUUAAGGACAGUUACACAGACUUUCAUAUAGACUUCGGUGGCACUUCCGUCUGGUAUCAUGUCCUUUGGGGGGAAAAGGUUUUCUACUUGAUCAAGCCCACUGAUGAAAACUUGGCACUGUAUGAAUCAUGGAGCUCUUCCGUUACCCAAAGCGAGCAGUUUUUUGGGGACAAGGUGGACAAAUGUUAUAAAUGUGUUGUCAAACAGGGACAUACUCUUUUUGUUCCAACAGGCUGGAUCCACGCUGUCCUCACCUCUCAGGAUUGCAUGGCCUUUGGUGGGAACUUUCUGCACAACCUAAACAUUGGCAUGCAGCUCAGGUGUUACGAGAUGGAAAAAAGGCUGAAGACCCCAGACCUCUUCAAGUUUCCUUUUUUCGAGGCCAUUUGUUGGUUUGUGGCCAAAAAUCUACUUGAAACUAUAAAAGAACUGCGAGAAGAUGGAUAUCAUCCUCCAAACUACUUAAAGCAUGGCGUGAAGGCAUUAAGUACUGCUCUGAAGAGCUGGAUGAAAAAAGAAUCUGUAGCAGAGCAUGCAUUUGAAAUCCCGGAGAAUAUUCGACCGGGGCAUCUCAUUAAAGAACUUUCUAAAGUAAUUCGUACAGUUGAGGAAGAAGGCAGCAAGCCAGUUAAAUCUCAGGGAAUCUACAAUCUGUGCCCGCUCUCCCAAUCCUCAGAGGAUAAAUCAUCACAUCAUUCCAAACGAAAAGCAAGAACACUCCGGGACCAUUCCAGCAAAACUCCCUCCAACCUAGAUAUCUUGGAGCAUCACACCAGAGAGGUCCUGAAAAGGUUGGAAAUGUCCCCUUGGGAAGAGGAUGUGGACAGAGCGAAGUUGAAUAUAAGGUUUAAUAAACCAAUGCAACCAUCUAUAGCAGAGCCUGAAAAAAAAAUGAGGGACAAUGAUAUCCGCCUCGUGGUUUCAAAUGGAAGAAUAAUUAGAGAUGAAAGGCAACCCUUUACUGAUAGGAGCCUUUACACUGCAGACAGUGAAGAUGAAGAUGACCGAGCAAGGUCGAAAAAGUCAAAGGAUAUCACAGUUGAGAAGCCAUGCUCUAGCUCAGAGGUUGAUGAUAAAGCAGAAAUCCAGAAACCACUAAACAUGUUUUUUGAAAGUGUCAAAUCAGAGCUCAGGAACGGAUCAUCAGAAUAUUCAGAUAUCUCUGAUUCUGAAGAAUCCGAAGCCAGUUGCACUAAUGAGAAAAACUCAUCAGAGGAGUCUGAAAGCUCAGGUGAUGAGGAGCAGCAGGAAACCCUUCCUAAAUAUAAGGAAGAUCACUCAGAGAAAGAACUAACAUGUGAUCUGAACAUACAAUGGUCUGCAACUAAAAAUCAAGCUAAAAGCAUGGAGGAAGAAGCCAUACAGGGCAUGCUUUCUAUGGCAGGAUUGCACUACACAAAUCUACCCACAGAGGCAAUGGGCACUACCUGCAAAAUGGGCAGAGAUUAUCCACAUCUACACAUCAAAGUCUCCCAGGGAAGCAACCAGGACAAACUUGAUUCUUGCAGCCAAAUAUCCACAAGUAUUGGUCAGCAUGUCAACCAGGAUACAGAAAUGGCAACUCCAGGAUGGAUUCGGCAGCUGGAGACUUCAUGCAGGCAAAGUGCUCAGGAUUCCUGUAAGCUUCCCAAGGCCCAGAGGGAAGACCUCUCUCCUGACGAGUGUAUGAAGCCGCGAAAGAUCAAGCGCUUCUCAGAAAGUGAGAGCUGGGACUCCAGCAGCUAUCUGCCCGAGAAAUACGACCAGGAGUCCAGUCCAAGUCCUGAAGACUGUCAUCUGAGUGACGGCAGCCUCAGUCCAGACAGAAUAUAUGGAGACACGUCACCACUUGUGCCCCUGCACCCUACAAAGAGACCCGCCUCAAACCCGCCUCCUAUUAGUAAUCAGGCAACUAAAGGUAAACGGCCAAAGAAAGGAAUGGCAACAGCCAAACAGCGCCUUGGAAAAAUAUUGAAGCUCAACAGACAUGGCCACGCACGCUUCUUUGUCUGACAUCAUGAUUUCUAGUAAUCUUUCCUACACAUAACAGUAUUGGGGCAAGUAGGGGCCUGGAGCUCCUUCAGUUCCUCUACCAACUUGGACUUCCAAGUACCACGAUAUACACUGCCUGACGAACAAAUAGCGUUUCCUUUUUUUAUUUUUAUUUUAUUUCUUAUUUUGAGCUUUCACUGUGCCACACCCACUCAGCAAUAACCGGAAGUGAAUAUUGGAUCCGGAACUCAAGGAAUUGUGUGGUGAAAGGAGAGAGCCCCUUUACUUCUUGGGGCUGUAAUGGAACUAGUUGCUUUGAUUACUUUUUUUAAUUAUUAUUAUUAUUAUUAUUAUUUUUGGCAGGAUUGUGCAGCUGAGGGAGGGGGGAGGGAGGGGGUGAGUAAAAUGGCAUGGGUGCUUGGUGGUCUCUUUAAUAAUUUAUUUCAACAGAUUUUUAAAUGAUUUUGCUUCCUGAAAAUCAUAUAUGAUUUUUGUCUUAUUUAUUUGGCAGAUUUUUUUGGAGGGUCUUAUUAAUUUUAGAUUUUAAGUAAUGUGAAGGUUUUUUAUUUUUAUUUUUUGUUUUUUUUUCAGUGUUUUUAAUACUUUAAUGUGUGGUGGAAGGGAGGGCCACAGAAAGGGGAGUUUUUCUGUUUUUAAACUUGAUAUUCAGGUUGUAGUCUUAAACAGGGAUUUGAUGCAUUUUUUAUUUUUAAAUUAAGGCAUAUGAAAUCCAUAUUAUAUUGUUAUUGCUGUUUGAUACCUUUUUUUAAUAAGCUGUUUGCUAUGUUGCAGCCAAGCUAAAAUCAAACACUGUAUUUUAUUCUUAAAUGGGAGUGGAUUUUCUUCACGAGAUGAAUCAUGGCUUUUUCUGGAAGAAAUAAGGGCUAAGCUAAUUUACCAUGCUUAAAGAUUGCUUUUUACCAGUUAACUUGGAUUAAAAAAAAAAAAGAAAAGAAAAAAAAAAAGAAAGAAAUGUGCAUGCUCUCAGUGCAUCGCAAAUUCCACGAGCAUUGAUGGAGUGAAAAAGUUGGUGCUAGACAAAGAUGUUGGCAUUCUGUCACUAUUGCAGUGUACACUUGACUAUUCCAGUUGAUGAAAGUGUUGUAAUGCCACAUAUGGAAAACUAACUUUCUCAUAACAGACAUGGAGUUUUUGCAUAUUCUAGAACGACUGUUUAUCUCCAGUCUCAUUAGACUAUAUAGAGGAAAAGAAAUAAUGAAAACCAAGGUGCAAGACCAUACGUUUGAUGCGUAUGUUAUCUGAUGUCAGUUUUUAUUUUUUGUUAAAAAAAAAAAUGUUUUUGUUUUUUGUGUGGAAAAAGCUUUAAUUCAAUGAUAUGGACAUCAAGUAAAGUGAGCAGCCUUUCAAUACAAACCACAAGGAUCUCAGGGUAAUGAAUUUGGAAAAUGGCUAAAAGUUGCCAUUUACUUGGGAUUUUAAUCUUUGCAGUCAUGUUGUGGCGUUCUGACUCUUUCACCCCCCCCCCCCACGUGGCAUGACAUUGUCAUACCAUCGGCUCAUGUAAGGAGAAAGGACUGCUGUGUUCUGAGCCUCCCAAUUCUAUAGAUAUUUUUUUAUGUAACUCUCAUAGUUUUCUUUGGUGUUUGGUUUAUUUUAUUUGUUUUUGUUUUUAUUUUUUUGUGUGUACACCUUCAGUCACAUCGUUGUGCCAGUCUCUGCAAUUGCAAAACACAUGCCAGUCUUGAUUUUCUUGUAUAUAAUGCUGAUUCUAGAUUUUGUAUUUUCUGUAAUAUAAAAAUUAAAUAUUUAACUUGUUCCUCCCCCUUUACUUAA